AUUCCAUUACCACUCCCCUGUGACAGGGAGUGGACCUUUAAUUAUAGAUAGCAGAGGGUCACGAGCUUGGGAUUUUCCAGAAUUUACGUCAGUAGAAAGACUGAGAUUUCCAAAUGAGUUUAGAAGACAAGUAUCCAACCAUGAUUUAAACAUCAAUAGCAUCAGAUAAAGAGGUUUUUAAUAUUUCUAAAAAAAAAAAUUUGCUUAAGUUAGUAAGACUAUUUACAUUUUUGAGAUUCUAACUUCACCUGAAACUGUUUUAAACCACUGUUAAUUUUUACCUCUGUUUCAAUAUUACGCAAUAUAAUUGCUUCAGUUCUCUAUCUUUUGCUUUUUUUUUUUAACAGAACUGUACAUCAUUGAGCAACAGUUCUGAUCUCUGGUCAUUAAGUAGCUCUGAAGUAAAUUAUACUUUUAAUUUGAUUUAUGAUACAGGCAGCUCACUGUUAUGAUCCAGUCUGGCAAAUUUUGUGCUUAUGUCUGUAUUUUCUUUCAGAAAAAGUAAUUAUAAUUUCAACAUACUAGAAAGUGAUAGAGAAAUAUUUGUGGUACACUUAUAAUAAAUUGUCAUGAGUCAUACAGGGUUCCCUCUGCAGUUUAAAAGCCUUUCUUUGAUAAAAAGCAUGAGCUCCACAGUAAUAAUCCACUGCAGAACUUUUAAAAGGACCAUUUAAUAUUAAGAUCAAGCUACUUGUAAGAUGGUAGAGCUUCCAUUAAAACUAUGAACAUAUUCUAAUUAUAUAUCUUUUUAUUUUUUUUUUGUAAGGCUGCAUAUGAAUAUUUUAAUAGUAUGACUGAUAUAAUUCAUCCUUAUGCUUCCUAUUUUUAAGGAGAGAUUGAGGCAGCUAUUAUUAAGUAUUUAGCACUUUGUACUCAGCAACAAUUUAAUUUUCUAAUGCAGAGACAGACAAAUUUAUGCAGGCAACUGAAAUGGGUAUUUUGUUGGUGCAUCAUGUGUCGUAUUUUGGUUCUGAACACGUUUAGGUGAGAUCCUCAAAUGAUGUCUGCAGGCCAAGACACCUAUAACUCCUAACACAUCCAUAGCUCAGCUGGCAGGAGCCAAUUAAUUUGGAAAUCCAAUCUAAAUAUGGUGUGGAUCCAUCUCUGGGAUCAGGAUGUUCAGGACAGUUGCUGAGAUACCAAACACAGUUUAAUAUUAACUUGUGUUUCACAGCAAACCCUGUGAAGUUGGCGUAAGUAAGCUUAGCAUUCACUGCCACCCAAAUGCUGCUUGCCCCUGAAACAACUUGUGUUUUGUACAAAAACAGCUGCCCCAGGAAAACUGAGGUUCUUCCAAGGAAAUGUUCCCUGUUCUACUUACCCAUGCAGCAGAAUAAUGACUGAACAAAUCGGCUGGCCCUGCUUCCUCGCUGGAUGUGAAGCACUGGAAUACUUGAAAGGAUCACCCUUAGGAGUCAAUGUUCACAUGCUGAAUUUAUUAUCUACUCUCCUGAAGCAAGAAGAGGGAGGAAAAAAUAUCUGUUAACUCUUUGAAGUAGUGAGGUGUUUGUGAAUCACAACUUUACAGACAUGAAAGAUUUGCUCAGAAGGGCUGAAAAAUAACGUCUUGCAACUCAAAGUGUUCCAGAAGCUGGUUACUUUGUGUGCUUUCAAAAUGAGCAGUGAAGACGAAAUAAAGGAAAGCUUGGAUGCGGAAUUUGAUCGCUUUGUUGUGGCUAUGAAGCCCUAUGUGCUUAACCUGCAGCAUAGUUCAGACAGAAAAAGAUGCUCACUAUGGAUUAAAAAACUCUGCAAACCCUCAGGAACAGGCAUAGGAAUAGUGGGAAGGGAGAAUCGAAACUUGUAUGCAAAACUGUUGCUCCACAUGCUGCAGAGAGGAGUUCUGGAUGGUCCCUUCAGCCAAAAACCAGAGGAGGGAAUGCUGAGAACUUUGCCUGCCUACAUGUCCGUUUAUUUUGAUGAACCAAUUUCACCAAGAUUUCGGAACAGCAGCGCUGACUGCUUACCUGAGUGGGUGGUGGGAGAGCUGGGAAACCAUGACAGUAACAUAUCCUCUGUGGAGGGCUCAUCUUCAGCAACACCUGCACAUGGGGAAAGAUUCGGUGAGAAGCCAUCAGCAGUGUCCUGUUGUCUGCUUUCUCCUCACCGGACAGAUGAAGAUGACCUAGGCACGUCACUGUCUGAUGAUCAGCACAAAAGAAACUUUUCAUUGGAUGAUGAUGACCUUGAAGCACGACUCAAUAGUUGGAAUCUUGGGAUAGAAAACCCCAGAUAUCUGCGAGAAAAACGGGUGACUUGGAUGACACCUAAAAUUGACCUUGGACAGAGCAGCCCCUCUCGACAAAACCAUGAGCUGUUUCGAAUGCAGGAGAAAGAGCUGGAAAUGAAAAUGAAAAUAGCAGAAGGUAAAUUUCACGAAGAAAAACUGAAAUUACAACAGAAGCACGAUGUUGAUGUUCAAAAGAUUUUGGAUAGAAAGAAUGAUGAAAUAGAUGUGCUGAAGUCCACCUACAUAGAGAAACAAAAAGAAGCUGAGGAGACAAUAAGAAAACUGGAGAAAAAAGUUCAGACCCUUGUUCGUGAGUCCCAAGUUGUGAGAGAAGCCAAAGAGCAGCAGAUUGUGGAGCUGAAGAAGUUGUGUGAGCAAAGCAAUGAUUCCUUGAACAAUGAGUGGGAGAAAAGGCUCCUGGAUGCCGUGGCUGAGAUGGAGAAGGAGAAGUUCAGCAUCCGGAAGAAGCACACGGAAGAUAUGCAGGAGCUGCUGGAGGAAACCAACGCCCGGCUGGCCAAGAUGGAGCAGGAGUAUUUGCAGCAGACACAGUCAACUAAUGAGACAGUGGAAAAGCUGGGGGCCCGUGUGCAGCAGUUGACUGUUGAGGCUGAAAAUAGUAAUUUACAGCGUCAGAAAUUAUCUCAGGAGAAGACUGAGGUAGAACAGCGUUACCAGGAGGUCUGCUCCCAACUUCAGGACCUGAAAGCAAGGUACGACUUACUUCAGAAAGACAAGGACCAGAUUACUCAGGAGUACAAGGAGAAAGUUCAGCAGCUACAAAGUAAAUUUGAAGUUGAUAGAGAUUUUCUGAAGAAGGAACAAGCUCAGCAGACAUCUGAUGUGAUUGCAGAAUUACAGCGUGGAAUGGCUCUGUUGAAACAACAAUUGCAAGACUGUGAACAUCAAAGGCAGCAAGAGCUGAGGGAUCAAGAAUACAAGGUUCAGCAGGACAAGCUUCAAUUGCAGCGUGCAUAUGAGAAACAGAUUCAUGGCAUUCAGAAUGAUCUGGAUAAAGAAAGAGGGGAUGCUCAAAAGAAAAUUCGUCACCUGGAACAGGCUCUGAAGGAGAAGGAGGAGCAGCUGAGGCGGGUGACGGAGGUACAGAGGCUGCAGGCCCAGCAGGCAGGCGCUGCCCUGGAGGAGUUUAAGCGGCAGGUGGAGCUGAACUCAGAGAAAGACUCUGCUGAAAUGAAACAGCGGAUAGCAGAGGUUGAAGCAGAUCUGAGCAGAUCAAAAUUGCUCCGGGAAAAGCAAGCCCAAGAAUUCUCCUGGCAGUUGGAUGAGAUCAAGAAAAGAUAUGAACAACAGAUAGUGGAGCUGAAGCUGGAGCAUGAACAGGAGAAGACGCACCUAUUCCAGCAGCACAACGCAGUGCAGGACUGCCUGGUCCGAGACCAUCAACGGGAGAUCGAGAAACUGGAGAAGCAGCUUUGCGCUACCAUGGCAGAGCACGAGAGCCAAACUCACGAGAGCAGGAAACGAGACGGCCAGGUGAUCUCAGGUUUGGAGAUCCAGAUCCGCAAGCUGAGGGAGGAGCUGAUCCAGGCGAACGCUCUGCGGAACCAUCAGCUGCUGGACCUGAGCCUCCAGCGGGACGAGGAAAAGCUGAAGGCAGCUCGAGACAAGGAGGCAGCACUGAACAGUCUGAGGAUGGAGAUGGAAAAAGUGAUAUCAGACAUGAAAAUGAAGCACACAGCAGAGACAGAGGCAGUCUUGAAUAAGGCCAACAGCCAGCUGAGGCACACCAAGGAGGAGUUCCGCCAGAAACUGGCCAAGUGCUCGCAGGAGAUAGCUGAACUGAGGACAACCAUUUCCUCCCUGACAGAGAAGAACAGCCGGCAGCAGCUUGCGGCGGAGCAGCGGCUCCAGGAAGUUGCACAGAAGUUGGAAGAUGAGAAGCAGCAGCUGAUGACAGAUAAUGACAGAGCAAUCAAGGCCCUGCAGGACGAGGUGGAGAAUUACCGUGGGCAGGUUUAUGAUGCUCAGAGGAGGCUCCAGCGCAAUGAGCUGAAGGCCCAGGAGCAGUUGAUUACUAUACGAGAAGAAUAUGAAAAAAUACUCAAAGGGCUGAUGCCAGCAUCUUCCAAAAAGGAACUUGAAGACAUCAUUUCAUCUUUAAAAUCUCAGGUAAGUUUUCUGCAGAAAAGAGUCCUCCAGGAAGACCUGAACGCCUACCACGCCAAAAAGUAACCAUUGAUGGAUUGUGGGAUCUCUGUGAUUGCCAAAUGGACUGCUUUGAAUAGGUUUGAAGAUUUGGCUCUUGUAAAUUUUAAUGCAAAGAUUAGUGGUUCUUUUGUUAGCACAAAAAAAUGAACUUCAUGAAAACAUAUUCAUAGCUCAUGCCAGCCUGGAUUUUGUUGUAUCUUCCUUCCAUUAUUUUUUUUAUCAUUAUUUUAUUACAGAUUUAUGCUUUUGAUACACGGUUUGACACCAUGCUGAGCUCGCUUACCGAGCAAGUAGACUUUGCUCUACUAAUAUUUUUGUUACUCCUUUCCAAUACCAUCUUUUUCACUUUUAAACAUGAAGAAAAUCCCAUUUUCUAUUAUUAUUGCCCAAGAUAUUUCAACAUAUUUUAACA